AUGACCAGUGCAAUUUUUUUAAUUAUUACAUUAUCGGUGCUUCAAAUAUGCCUUUCUUCACCGUUUCUGUACAACCCGAGUGCCAUUCCUUCAUUGAUAUCUUCUGCAAGUGCAGCCUCAUCAUCUAACCCUCAAAUAAGCAUGAAUAUAGCCGAUUUGAGAGAGAAAAAGACCGGGAAGUUACAGGAAGAAAAGGAAGGCCCUAUAGAAAUGCCCGAAGAACACUUAUUUGAAGAAAAUGACAAUGAAGUUGCCCCUAGUUUGUUACAGAAAAAAGUCAACAAAAUCAUUGCCAAAUUGAGGUUAAUAUCCACGUUAUCAAACUUGGGGAGGAAUAACGAAGAAACAAACUUUGAAGAAAACGAUGCAAACGCAACAAAAAUGAUAAUGAACCCAAAACAGGAAAUAUCGAAUAUAAGUCGGUUGACCCUUAAAAAGGAUAUAGAAGCAGUGGUGCCAACUGCAAGUGUUGAAAGUAUAGAAGAUUUGGAGGAAGAGAAAUCUAGAAAAAAGGAAGACAAGCCGGAGAAAAUCACCAUCAACAUACAAACCGAUAAGAUCAUCAAAAGAGAAAGCCCUAGAGGUAACAUUUCGUUAUCACCUGGAGACAUUGGUGUAUUCUUCAUGGAGUUAUUCGCAAGUUUUGUAGGGCUUGCUUAUGGGGCUGCAGCCCAGGCUGGCCAGCCCUCUAACUCAUCUAGCUAA